AUGAACAACAUAAAUCUGGCGCUUUUAUCUUCCCCGCUGGUGCUCCAAUGUCAAUUUAGGUUGACAUGGAAAGUGGUUCUCGAAUGUCAGGAUUUCCUCUUGAAGUUGCACAAUGGCCUCUCCCAGGUUUCUUCCUUGGAUUAUCGUUCUCCUUCUCAUGGGAGUGACACUUUUCCGACUCUCCGUGGGCGUCUAUUUCCCGGGAAACUUCCGACAUUUUGGAUCCAAAUGUGAUGCCUUGGCCAGAGUCAAACUGGCCCAUCGCUUUAGUUUGUGCAGUGAACACAAAUUGAAAGCAGUCCAAUCUGACCUCAAAGUUCAGGUUGCCACGCAACCAUGGACAGAAGGACUCUGUGAUCUGAUUCGUGGACAAGUCGAGGAAUGUGGACAGAAGCUUUGGAUCCACUGCUAUGGCCUUGAUGAGGUGGUUCAUCUUCAGGAAGCUCAAUUAGACGCUCAGUAUACGGCGCUAAUUGGACACGAUCCCAAGUUGGGCCAAGAGCUCAAAGCUCGAUGCCAGACAUUUCAUCGUAUCGGAAAUGACCUUCACUUCUUGGAGGAACCACAACCGAUGAAGGCGGCCUCGUCCGGAAGAGGCUCAGAACCCAAGGAUCGAUGCCAUGAAGCCAAAAGCGAGUUCUUGCUUUGCAUCAAUGAUAUACACGAAGCCCUGGAAUAUUUGAUUUUCAGCAAUAGGCUGCCCCGGGCUUUGGAAGUGUCAAAUGAGGCCGCCAUUUGCGAGGCCAUCCGAAACUUCUCUCGAAAGUGCCUCCCAAGAUUAACGGAGUGUGGACGAUUAGAAGCCCGGAAGGCCCAUUUAGUUCGAGAUAUUGCUCGGGACCAAUUGGCCAUUUACCAAGAACUCGUUGCCAAGAAGCUUUCGCUCCCAAUGGGCUCGCUGGAAUUAGACUAUGCAUUACUUCUGAAUAAAUGUAGAUAACUCACAACGGAUGGAACGGAGAGUGGGCCUAGCUUUGGUUCCAACUCUCUUCAAACGGUCUUGUAAAAGAAAGACCAAGGAAGACGUUGAAAACUUGCGAAGCACAAUGAAUAAUGUCACCGGACAAAUGUGUUCACUCAGUACUCUUUACACGUAUUCUAUAAGCAAAUAUUUGGAUAAAUAUAAAUGUUGGCACACUU